GGAUACAACUCUGCAGUGACAGAGCCGUUGGCCGUAUUUAUUUAUUACAAGCUUUUGCUUAUCCAUAUGGUUUUUUUUUUACAUUUAUUUUUUCUGAAGACAUUUGUUUGUAAUAUUUGCCUGGGAUAUGCAACUCUAUGACUCUACAGAUAGUAUAAUCUUCGCAAGACAAGCUUGCAAAUUUUAGAUUUAAUCCCAACACGCCUUCUGUUGCACUGUGAGGUUGGGCUACACUUGCGUCUUCCAUUGACAUUAACGCAGACGUUAAUAUGUCUAAAUUAGUGUUUUAUCAGCCAAAACAGCGCUGUAUAACGUACAUGUAAAUAGUUAGACACGAAAGAUUUUUGAGUUAAUUUCUCGAUAUUCUGCUUCUCUAGCCUGGCGCUGACUCGAUGAUUCUGAGCGUGAUUUGUUUGGUCUGGGUAAAACGCGGCUUGUUUGACAAUCUGGGAAGUGGCUCAACAUGAACCAGUUUCACUUAUUUACUUCGAAAUCCAAGACCAAACUGUACCAAUUUCAGAGACUUUUUUGACUUUUACAAGAAUAAUGGCGUCUGUAAUGGAAGAUCCCACGCUUGAAAGACAUUUUAAAGGUCACAAAGAUGUUGUGUCCUGUGCCGACUUCAGCCCCAAUAAUAAACAGCUUGCUACUGGAUCCUGUGACAAGAACCUUAUGAUCUGGAACCUCACUCCUAAAGCCAGAGCAUUCAGGUUUGUGGGUCACACAGAUAUCAUAACAGGUGUCCAUUUUUCUCCAAGUGGUUCCUUGGUGGCAUCUUCAUCCAGAGAUCAAACAGUUCGACUGUGGACGCCCAGCAUAAAGGGCGAGUCGACUGUGUUCAAAGCUCACACAGCGAGCGUUCGAAGCGUUCAGUUCUCCAGCGAUGGCCAAAGGCUGGUCACGGCUUCAGAUGACAAGUCUGUGAAAGUGUGGGGUGUCGAAAGGAAGAAAUUCCUCUAUUCUCUCAACCGGCACACCAACUGGGUGCGCUGUGCGAGGUUUUCUCCAGAUGGUCGUCUUGUUGCUUCCUGUGGUGAUGACAGGACGGUUCGCCUCUGGGAUACAUCCUCGCGUCAGUGCAUCAACAUUUUCACAGACUACGAAGGGUCAGCAACGUUUGUGGACUUCAAUUCUAGUGGCACGUGCAUUGCAUCAUCAGGAGCGGACAACACAUUGAAAAUCUGGGAUAUUCGUACAAACAAAUUAAUACAACAUUACAGAGUUCAUAGUGCAGGGGUCAACUGCUUUUCCUUUCAUCCAUCCGGAAACUAUCUGAUCAGCGGUUCAAGUGACAGUACAAUGAAGAUCUUAGACUUGCUGGAGGGGAGGCUCAUUUACACCCUUCACGGCCACAAGGGUCCAGUGCUGGCUGUGGCGUUCUCUCGAGACGGAGGUCUGUUUGCUUCAGGAGGUGCUGAUUCUCAGGUUCUGAUGUGGAAGACCAACUUCGAUUCACUGAAUUACAGAGAUCUGUUGAGCAGGCACAGCAAACGAGUCACUCCGGAUCCACCUCCACACCUGACGGACAUUUACCCUCGAGCACCUCACCCACACAAUGCUCAGAAUGGCACAGUAGAGAUUAAUCCCAUUGUUGCUGAUACUCAGUCUGGUGACCCUCAGGUGGUUGAAGUGGGACGUGUUCUUUUCUCCACAGCGGAUGUAAGAAGCCAUGACAGAGCAACAAGUGGCAGAGAACAGCCCAUCUCAGGUCCAUUUCGAACUCGUAUGCGACACAGAGAAGAGGAGGAUGAAGACCAAGAAGAAAGGUUUGCUGGCAGCAUGACAGCAUCUAGAGAGGAGCGUUCGGGUAUCCCAUCGAGCAUUACUAGCACUCUGGAGAACAUUGUGCAGCAGUUGGACAUCCUGACCCAGACGGUUGCCGUCCUCGAGGAGCGACUUACUCUGACUGAAGACAAAUUGAGGACAUGCUUGGACAACCAGGUCCUGCUUCUGCAACAGAGACAGCAAGUGGAUGGGUCAGACGAGGAAGCCGAGGGUCCGUCUGUGUGAGGGAUACCCAACCACGGUGGUCCUCACUUCAGUGGUAACUUCCUCUGGCCUGCAGUAGAGGACAUGCCAAAUCCCUCUUUUUUUAUUCUUUAGCUUAAAGACUUCCAGCUGUGUCAUUCCGAGUAAGAACAUUGGACUUAACAAUGCAAAAAAAAAAAAAAAGGACACAAGAUGAAAAGACACAAAGCAGGGUAAGGGAGGGGCUUGAGGGGAUUUGAGGGGUCAUACAGCAUUCUCACCCAAAAGUCAUGUUAAGAGGACAGCUGCAGCUAAGACAACAUCCCGGUCAUGUUUUGACAGCUGCAAGCAAGACAUCAGGAAAGAGACUGAUAGAACAGACAAACAUGCACAGAUUUUUACAGUAUCAGGAUUGGGUUGUGUCUGCUGCAUCACAUGUAUUAUGUAAAUAUAGACCAUUAUGAAUGAAUUACAGUCUCUGGUGUGAUUAAGUCCCAGGCAGCAUGAAUGGUUUGUGCAUGUAAGGCCAUGUAAGUGUCCUCAGAGACACUUGCAGCCUUGUUUACUCUUUCUCAAUCAGCCGCAGCCUUGUGGUUUUCCUCUGGGUGGAGGUCAGACGGAAGCAGGGAGCCAAUCGACAGAAGGCCCAGCGGUUCUUGUUUGCUUUUUUGCAUACCGCAUCUUUCUUUGUUUGGCAGCUCUGCUAAACUCUUCCUGACAGGCUUACAUAAAAACAAUGCAUCCAAAUGGUGGUGAAAACAAAUAAUUUAGACCAGUUUCCCAAAGGAAAAAAAAAGACGUGGCUGGCAUGCUUUAUGAACUAUAUGUGCUAGAGUCAUUGAGUUUUAGGGUCUACCAUUACAGUGGACAGAUGAUUAAAAGCCAAUUUUAGCCAUUCAGAUUGUGAUGUUACAAACCACUCUGCUUGAUUGGAUAUAUGCUUUUUCAUUUUCAUUAAAAGGUUCAAAUUAUACAUAAAGAAUUUGUCAUAAACAAAAAAAUGCAAUAUGUGACUGUUGUUGUUGCUACAAAUUACAGCCGAACUUCUCUAACCACUUCCUCUGUGUCUCGUACAGACUGCAGGUGUGCUUGUGACCUCUCUGUGCAUAACACAAGCCCUUUGUCUCUGGUGGGGCGCCAAAAAAGGGCUAGAGCAACCAACUCAUGAACAAAGAGAAGAUAAUCGAAACGAAUGCAUGUGUGCCUGUGUAAAAGCAGUUGUGUUAGGCUGCCUGCUUGUGCAUGUGCCGUGUUUAUGGAUUUGUGCACAUGCAGGUUCUUGCAAGACCCACAUAUGGUAAAGUGGUUGCUUGCUUACGAGGCAAGGGAAGGUAAACAUUAUCUUUAGCUCCCCAACAGACAUCAGAGGACUAGGACUUCUUCCUGUUAGCCAGGCCUGGUUGGCAUUGAAUCAGAGUACUUUGAGAAAAUUCCCUCUGACCUUUUGUUCAAGAAAAAAAAAAGAAAAAAAGAAUAAAGAUGGAGUAAUGGAAAAGAGCUUUCUCAUAUUGUUUCUGCAAUGACACCUGCAAAGGAAAAAAAAAAACACCUUGCUCCAUUUUUUUUAAUUUAGGGGAACGUCUGUUGAGAGGUUUUCCCUUUCAACAAAUAUAGAUAGGGGCGGAAAGUUUAAAGAUAGGUAUACACCUGUUGUGGGUCGGAGACCUUACUGAAGUGAAAGUUUCCAAACUGGUGAGAGAAACCCUGGUUGGAGCAACCCAGCGUUAAAGAAGACGCUUGGAAAGCUGCUUGGCCAAUCAAAUUUGGUGGCCAGAAUUAUUUGCUGUUUCAAAUCAUUUUGGUCAAUAUGGCUGAAUUUGAUUCACUUAUUUUUACAUUAGUUAUAAUUCCCUCAUGCACUUAUCGUGAAAUCUGUUGCUCGAGUCAGGACCUUUAAAACACUCGUUCUUAUUCACAUCUGUGUUUUAAAGCACCCUCACACCUGUUUCUUUUUUCUUUCUUUUUUUUUUUUCUUGCUUCCAAAGACAGAUGGCUUCGCCCCUUUCUUGUUUAUUUUUGGCUGGAACCUAAAGUAGUUCCAACCUCACGUGGCAUAUUAAGAUUUGAAAUAAUUAUUGUCCUCUAAAAUAACUUCAAACAAAACAUCAAAACAACAGACAGAAUCAAAAAUCAAAACUUUAAUGACUAGCUAUCCAUCCAUCCAUCUCAAAAAUCAAAACUUAAAUGACUACCUAUUCAUCCAUCUAUCCAUCUAUCUCAAAAAUCUAAACUUUAAUGACUAGCUAUCCAUCCAUCUAUCUCAAAAAUAAAAACUUAAAUGACUAGCCAUCCAUCCAUCCAACUCAAAAUUAAAACUUAAAUGACUAUCCAUCAUCCAUCCAACUCAAAUAUUAAAACUUAAAUGACUAUCCAUCCAUCCAUCUUUCUAUCUGUAAGUAAUAAUUAAGAUCCAAAUUAAUAUUAGUGUUGUACCUUAAUCUGAUCUUUAUAAUUAUAUUUCUAAUCAUUAUUAUUUUUGAAUAAUUAAAAGCCUGUGGAGAAAUUCUAUGCAUGAUAAAAACUGUGACACAUUCCUAGUGCUCGCUGUUAUGAAUAACUGAGUAUUUGCACUAUUUUUAUCACAGCUGAUGGAAUCUUGUAGGUGUUUGCAAAAGAGUUGAGUCUGAAAAUUUGCAUUGGAAAUUAGGAUGGAAUGAUGAAUGAAAAACAAUGGCUUGGGUUAACAUACUGUUAAAGUGUCAAAAUCUCCUUAAAUAGAGAGGUAUUUUAAAAGGUGUGAUGGGCUAAUAACCUCCCACCCAGUUACUUUCCUCCUUUGCUUUAGAAAAAAAGUAUUUCCUGCUAACCGAAAACCCCCUGUGCUCUUAUCUCAAACUGUUUUUUUUUUAAGCCCAACGCCUUUUGAAGUCACACAUUUGCACAGCCUGUAGCAAAUCCUUUGACCCCAAGUGUGUUUGAGUUUUCUUUGAUUAAAUAACACAGGGAAGGAACCUGAUGUUUUUUCUGAAGAGAGAUGUCAAGUUCAAAGGACACAGAGGUGUGUUGAUUACAACAGCUGCACUUAAUAAAAUAUCAGAGGAACAUGAAAAGAGAACAAAAGAGUGUGUUUUGGUUUCACACCAAAAAGGUUUUGUUGUUGUUGUGUUUUAAAUUGAAGUGGUUAGUAAAGAUGUUUUACACAUUAUGUCUGUCUUUUUUGCUUUUUUUGAAAUGUUUUGUCUAACUAGGUCUUUUUAUUCACCCACAAGUGCCAUUUGUGUGGGAAGUUGUUGUAGUUGGUGAGUUUUCAUACCAUUUGUUGUGAUUUUCCAAAUAUUGUUUCUGAUUAAAAAAAAAAGAGGAGUCAAA